AUGAAAAAUAUCACUGAAGUGACCAUAUUUGUGCUGAAUGGGCUGACAAACAUAUUUCACCUUCAAAUCAUCUUAUUCUCUCUGUUUCUAGGAAUUUAUCUGUUUACUAUGGUGGGAAAUUUGGGAUUGAUUUUAUUGGUGAUUGGGGAUUUCCGGCUUCACACCCCUAUGUACUAUUUUCUGAGUGUUUUAUCUUCUAUAGAUGCCUGUUUUUCCUCCGUCAUCACACCAAAUAUGUUAGUGGACUUCAUGUCAGAAAAUAAAUCCAUUUCAUUCCUUGGGUGUGCAACACAGAUGUUUCUUGCUGUGACUUUUGGGACCACAGAAUGCUUUCUCUUGGCGGCAAUGGCGUAUGACCGCUAUGUAGCAAUCCACAACCCUCUUCUGUAUACGGUCAGCAUGUCACCCAGGGUCUAUGUGCCCCUCAUCAUUGCUUCCUAUGCUGGAGGCCUUCUGAAUGCUUCUAUACACACAGUCGCUACGUUUAGACUCUCCUUCUGUGCAUCCAAUGAAAUCAGACAUAUCUUCUGUGACAUUCCCCCGUUAAUCUCCAUUUCCUGUUCUGAUACCCAUAUAAAUGAGAUUCUACUUUUCUACUUUGUGGGUUCCAUUGAAUUAUUCACAAUCUUCAUUGUCCUGGUCUCUUAUGCAUUCAUCUUGGUGGCAAUUCUGAGGAUGCAUUCUGCAGAAGGGAGAAGAAAGGUCAUUUCCACAUGUGGCUCUCACCUCACUGGAGUGUCUAUUUACCACGGCACUAUCCUCUUCAUGUACGUGAGACCGAGUUCCACCUACGCUUUGGACCAUGACAUGAUAGUGUCGAUAUUUUACACCAUCGUGAUCCCCAUGCUGAAUCCCAUCAUCUACAGCUUAAGGAACAAAGAUGUCCAAAAGGCCAUGAAAAAAGUGUUUGUGAGAAAUUGGUUUAUCAAUGUAGUGCAUUUUUGA